AUUUAUUUGCUCUCCGUUAAGUUUAAAUGUAAAAUGUUACGAUUACUUAAAUGUAUUUUUAAGUAAAUCUCGAACACAACUUAGAAAUAAAGUUGUAAGGAAUGUUUGCGAGGAUUUCCGUAGUGAAUUUCUAAAGUUUUUACAUGAAAUGUUGGGAAGCUGAAUCAGCUGGAUCUCAAAGGAAGGACGAUUAUUUAUAAACCAGAGGCAGAUCUUUAACGUAUUAUCAAUACCCGAGUGAAAAUCUGCUCCUGCUGAGACUCAGCGAAUCAUCAGAUACGGAGAAUGAAUGAAAGCAGCGCCCUUUGUAAUGCUUCUGAUGAGGCUGAGAUGGAUGAAGAGGUGAUGCUUUCAGACCAGGAAUCUGUCAGUUUGCUGCAGGAUCUUCCUGCUUUCCAAAGCAGAACAUCUGACAUUUCAGGUUCUCAUGAGAUCAAAAACAAACUGGAGCUGAAUCAGCAAAAAAGAGGGAAACUGAAGUCCUGCAGAGGUGAAAAGUCUGCGUCUUCAUCACGAUCAGCAAAAGUUCCAACUGAAAAGAUGCUUCACAAGAGAAACGAGAAGGGAGAGACUCUUCUUCACAAAGCGUGUCGGAGGAAAGAUCUGCCUAAAGUCAAGAUGCUCCUUCAGGCUGGAAUCAGCGUCAACAUGGAGGAUUAUGCAGGAUGGACGCCUCUGCAUGAGGCCUGCGUUUCUGGAGACGAGGCUGUGGUGGAGGAGCUGCUGAGGGCUGGCGCUAACGUUAACGCUCAGAGCUGUGAGGGUGUCACACCGCUGCAUGACGCUGUUUACAGUGGACACCUCCAGGUUGUGAAGCUCCUCCUUGAGAACGGAUCAAUCCCUGCCGACCAGAACGUUGGUGGAAAAAGUUUGUUGGACAUGGCCAAGGACAGUAGUAUGAAAGAGCUGCUCAUGAGUUUCCAAACAUCCUGCAAAGGCCAGAGGAAGUCUGGCGAAGGGGCAACACCAUGCGGAGAACCAGUUGUCAGUGUUCCAGACUUUCAUCCAAGAGAGUCGGGUGAUACAGGCGGAGAAUCUACUGAUGUUCAGCUGAAACGGAUAAAUAAUUUCAGAGCAGUUCAGAGCAGUUCAGAGGUGGUUUCAGCGCUUCUGGAGGAUGCAGGGAGGAAACAAGCAGAAAUGUCAACUUGGCCUCUGAAAGAUCUCAAGGAUGUUGGGAAAUGGAAAAAAGUUUUGUUGCAGAUCCAAAACGUUCUGAUGGACGUUCUCAUCAAGCAGCGUUUAGAGAAGAACGAUCUGACCCACAAAUUCAAGGUUGUGUCUCACCACCUUUGCCACCGAGUCCUGAAAAAUCAGUUCUUGUGUCUGGCUUCAAAUCAGAGACAUUUGGUGCAGCUCCUCCAGAAACAAAUGCAACUGGAAGAAGCUUUCACUACAACAAAGGCUAAAAUUUCAGUUCAGUCCUUGAAUCAUCAGGUCAGCGUUGCUGCUCCCACUCUCCCUGACCUGCAGAGUGAGGAAGCCGGUAGAUGGAGAAAUGGUCCACAAACCAGAGCCGCUUUGCAGUUUUUCUCCAAGAUGAAAGGAAGGAAUGCGUUGAUACAAAGAGGGGCUAACGAUGAUGGUGGAGGUCUGCGUCAGCUCGUACAGAGCGGAGUAUUGCCCAAGGGCAGCGAUUUACAUCUGACAUUAAAGGGUAAGCAGCAUGUUGCGCAGGUUCUCUCUGGUGGAGUAAUAAUGAGCAAAGGGAAGUCAUAUCGGGCUCCAGAGUUCUGGCUGGAAUCCAUUCUUGGUAAUAACAUCCCUGUCAGCUCCAUGUAUGCGCUGAACAAGAUGACUUUCAGAGACAAACCCUUGUCUUACUACUUGCUGAACUCAGAGGCAAAACAAAAUCUGUCUGACAUCCGUCUUCAUGCUGACAAAGAUGAUUCUACUGAACCGGAGCCGAGUUUAGAAUCAGUGGACCCAUAUCAGCUCUUACGAAGAAUUCGUAUUAUCCAUCUGGUGACCCCUGAGGAGAUGAUUCCAAACGCUCUGAUGGAUUUGUACUGGGACAAACUCAUGAAGCAAGACCAAGAAGAGUUUGACAACUGGGAGCUUGAACUCUAGUGUUUGUCUUUAUAUUUUUUUUAUAUUUAUUUGUUUUUUAUGAGCCCGACAUGGUAAGUUAUUUUUUUAUGAACCUGUUAGGGUUUUUCUUUUAUUUUACACUAUUUUAUUUUUUGUGUAUUCAGUACAUAGUAGAGUUUGUUCCUGCUAACUAAAGUCAGUUACAAUUAAUUUGUCACAUCUAGGGGAAAUAGGCAAAAGUGACAACUUAUCAAAUAAAAGUGCUAGUAUAAUUUAUAUAUUAUGGAAAGUUUAUUUACCUUUGCUGAUAUACAAUAUUACACAAUUUUUUUUUUUUUUUUUUAAAGUAUUUCUCUUGAGAGUCUUUAAUCCAGCUUUUACGGAAGACCAGAGAGGUCAACAAAAAGCAAAAGCCGCAACACAACAGCAAAGAGCCACAAUAGAUGCUGUCAGUUUAAGCAUAACGUCUGUUGUGACUUUUGUUGUUGCAUUGUUGUUUUUGCACUUUGCUGACCUUUCUUGGUCUCUGUAUGUUUCAGAGUGAAUUCAAGACGUUUUCCACCAACUUAGAAUAACUCCAAUCAGCUGAUUUACAUAAUUCAUGAGCCUUUAAACUGCCGUCAUAUUUUCAUUAAAUGGAUGCUUUUAUUUGUUCCCCAUAUGUAAUUUUUUUGUUUCUCUUUAUCCUCCUGUCAAAACCUACAAACUGUCAUUGCAAAAGAAGAGACGUGUUUGACGCAGACUUUUGCAUUCCUGUGAUCUGUGUUUUGUCUACAUUGUUGUGUAGAGAUGCAGCAAUACUGCAGCAGACGAAAUAAAACAAAAAGAAUCCCGAUCGUC